CUGCCGUCGACCGCGUCGCCGCGCCGCCACCGUCGACCGGCGCUUCAAUCGGGAGCUGGAACUUGCGACGCGCAGGUGAAAAUCCCCCAGCGCGUCCUGCUAAAGGUGACACAGUUUCAUGCCCUCCGUCUCCUGAACUGGAUAUACCAAGUUAUCUGCGCUGCGAGUAAGCUUUAUUUGUCAAACACAAAAUAAGCUAGUAGUAUUUCCACGUGAUUGGGAAAAUUAGUCAAGACGGGUGCUCUUUGCUGCGUGGCCGCUAGGCCACAUGGGACAAAGUCUAAUCCUGCUAGCAGAGACUGUUCCAUGGAUCCUACAGAGCCUCGCUGGCGGAUGAAUUCGAGCUUCUCUCCUCCCGUGUCCAGGGGAUGGGACUGCAUGUACUCAUCAGACGGAUUGCCUCAUAGGACUCAUGAUGCUCCACAUGAUCAUCCACCUUAUGUCUCAUCACUAUCAUCACAUAGUAAAGGAAGUAGAAGUGCAUUUGGCAGUGACCAGUACCUGAAUCACCACCACUCUGUAUCUGAUGGGGCACUUUCUUAUUUUGGUAGUCCUGUUGACAGCCUUCAGGCUCCACGUUGGACACCCUCUCUUCAGAGAUUUGAUCUUGGCGAGUUCUCUACACCUGCAGGAGGACCAAAACCUGAAAGUUCUGAUCAUCUCCAAUCCAGCGAGAGACAUUUAACUGCUGUGAGCAGUUUCAGUUCUGCAUCUCCAUUCUCAGAAACAAGUCAGAUGGCAUCUUCUAGUAAACGACCAGCUUCACAUCUACCUCGCAAUCAUCUGGGAAGGCGAUCCUUUAUGUCAACACCAGUGUACCCGCUAGUCUUCCGCAAUCCAGUGUCAGAAGCAGGAGCCUCUGGGAUGCCCGAGGCCAGUAAUGCUGGGCGUACCACGCCGAGUGACGACAGCCAAGUUUCUCCUGUAUGGCGACGCAGUUUGACGAGUCCUGAGCUCAAGUUUCAUGACACACUGAGUGAACUUCGGAAGAUGGAAGCUUCUCCUGGGCCGAACACAAGCUCAAGGAGGGAAGGAUUCAGAUGGAGCAGUGCUAGCAGCUAUGAUUUUGGAUAUGAUGGAGAGGCCAUUGAUAUUUCAGAUCAUAUCAGUGUUGAAUCCCAAAGAUCCCCGACAAGUUCAGUGAGUUCCCUGAAAUGUGGCUUAUGCGAGAGAUUCCUUCGGCAGAAAUCACCAUGGAGCUCAAAUCGGAUAGUCCGGAAUACCAACAUGCCAGUAGCAGCAGUGCUCCCAUGCCGACAUGUCUUCCAUGCAGAUUGCCUGGAGGAAAGCACUCCCAAGAGCGAAGUUCACGAGCCACCUUGCCCACUGUGUGUACGAGCUACUGAUAGUGAAGGAUGUGUAUCAUUCUCGGAGCCUCUACAUGUUGCCCUCAGAUCCGCUCGCAGGAAUCAAAGCAUUAGUUUCUCUUCAGGUGGUGCUGGUGGGAGUAGCAGCGGAAACCCUCCUCGCCAUGAUCAUGUCCUGAAGAGAAAUCAGUCAGCGCUUGUGCCCAGGCGAAGCGGGUCACUGUUCCGCAACCGCUUGAAGAAGCAGUUCCCCUUCAAGGGGAGGAUUGGUAAGGAGUUCUUCGGUGGUAGAGUUUUCAGGAAGGUUGGCUCAACGUCGUCUUCAGGUCAACAGGACGAGGCAGCAAAACCUGAUGACCAAUCCAUGAAGUAGCUAGAUUGAAGCCACGCUCCAUAUACUGUGCACUGCUGCUACACUACCAUUUACCCCCUUUCAUGUCCAGCGUCCGUAGUACAUGUAUCAUAAGCUGUGGAAUGCAGUGUCCAUGCCGCUGCAAGUAGUCGUCCAAGACAGAGUUGUUUUGUGUGGACGGUGCCUGCCAUGGAUGUGGCAGCAUGAAUGCGUGAACUAACUGUGGUUUGAUCAUGAAUCCUUCCCCGCCUGUUUGUUAUGUAUGCCUGAAUCUAUUUA